AUGCAGGCGGCUGUGGGACGCCAGCCACUUCCUCCUGGCGAUGCACUGGCUGAAGGCCGCUUGGGUGAAAUCGAGGCAAUGGGCCAACCAACGUUUGCUCGCUUGGUAGCAAUUCGCGAAACCGCUCGCAUGGCCAUGCUCCGGCUGCACUUCAGCCGGGCCCUUCGCAAGGCUGAGGCGGCGAGAUCGCGGAACCCUACGGUGGCAGAUGCGCCCGCGGUCGGCGACCUGGUCUACUACUGGCGGGAGCAGAAGUACAACCGUCGAGGAGGCCAAGACAAACGGAAGCUGCUUUUGCGGAAGUGGCAUGGGCCAGGGCUGCUCGUCGCUUUCGAGGGGAAUAACUGCUAUGUGACCUCGAGGGGGACUUUGACAAAGGUGGCCUUGGAACAUGUUCGGCGGGCUUCUCCGAUGGAACAGAUCGCCACGGGUGAGUGGGAGGCUGUUCUGAAGGAAGUUGUGGAGGCUGCUGAGCGAGACCAAGAGUGGGAGCUCGUGGUCCCACAGGACGGCAGCGCUGAAGGACGUGAGCCCACAAGAGAGCAAGGCCCUAGAUUCUCUUCUUCAGCAUCGCCGGCAGUUUCAGCUCUGCCUGGAAGCCCUGAUCUCGACGAUGCGAACCUGCUGGCCGAUCAGACAGCUGGUCUUCUGGAAGGCGCUGGACUCUCUUCAGAACCGCCGGCAGUUUCAGCUCUACAUGGAGAUGAUAGUGCCCCGCAGAGUUUCCGUGACCAGCUUCAGGAAGCGAUGCGGAAAGCUCGUGACCAGCGUGGCCGUGAUCUACCUCCUGUGUCUCCGGGCGAGCUUGUCAGGGCCGCUGCCUCGGAGGGUGGAGCUGGGUCGCGCAGGCCAUCUACCUUGUUGGGCCAAGUUGCUUCAGGUGGGUCUUCGCGUGCGCCAGGUACUCCCUUGCUGGAUGUGAUUCGGCGGGCUGGAGCAAAUGCGGAGGAACAUUCGCCUUCAGAGCCGUUUGCAGAACAGCCUGAGAACUUGUCAGGCACCAAGCGGCCGGCUGAAGUUGAGGCCGAGACUCUUAGGAGCCAGCAGGGCGACCAAGUGCCUUUUGACGCCCUGACUCUGGAGAAGGAGCUCGUGCUUGAGGCUGCCCAGGCGAAGCAAGGCAGUGUGCACCCGUUGGUUCAGCUGCAGGCCCAAGUUGCGAUGGACAAGGCGGCUGGCGAGGACCUUGAAGCGAACGACCAUGGCACGUGGGAUGGUCGAUGGCCGCUGCCCCGUCGCUCAGAGUACGAGGCUUUCGUGAAGGCGGGCUUGAAGUGGCCAACGGGAAGAGAAGCGCUGACUGUGCAGGCGGCUCGGAAGGAGUACCACUGGCGCUCCAUGACCAAGGAGCAGCGAGAUGCCUUUCGCGAGGCAGCCGUUGAAGCCUGGAAUGUUUGGACUCGCAACGACGCCGUCGAGACCUUGAGCGAGGAGGAGACGGCCAGGACAUUGGCGACCUUAAGGCAACGGGGAGAGAUGCACAAGAUCCUCACCCCUCGCUAUGUGUUUACGGACAAAAAUGAUGGGCUACGAACCUCAUCGAAUCCGCUGCCAAUCAAGGCGAGUGCGAGGCUGGUGGUGCCGGGCUAUAAGGACGUGACUGCCUUUGACCUUCGCAAGGAUGCGCCGACUGCUUCGCGAACUUCACAACACCUACUCUUCAGUUUGGGUUCGAGCAACUUCAAGAAAGGCUGGAGAACGGGCACUGCCGACGUCAAAAGUGCUUUUCUCAAAGGCGAGCGCUACGUGGAUGGAGUUCGCGAGCUGUACUUGCAGAACAUGGAGUCCAGAGACGGCAGUCCGACACUUCCGGUUGGCAGCCGCCUCAGCCGGAUUGUCAAGGGGGUGUUCGGCCUGAGUGACGCUCCCCGCGAAUGGUACUUGAGGUUGAAGAAGAGUGUGAAGCAAGAAAAGUGGACUCAAUCCACAAUGGAUGCUGCGACUUUCUUCCUUUGGUCUGAAGGACCAAACCCGGAACUCCUCGGAAUGAUGUGCUGCCACGUCGACGACCUUCUCAUCACUGGCAGCGCCGAAGCUUGGGCCUCGAUAGGCCGAUUGGGCGAGGAGUUGGGUUUUGGCUCCGUCGAAAAGGACAGCUUCGUCUACUGCGGAAAGAAGGUUGCCCAAGACUUGAACACAGGCGUGAUCAGCGUCUCCAUGGAGGCCUACGUGGACAACCUGUCCCCGAUCAGGGUGGCAGCGAGCCGCCGACGAGACAUGGACGCUGCUCUCACUCCGGGAGAAGCCAAGCAGCUACGAGCCUUGGUGGGAUCCCUGCAGUGGCUUGUAGCACAAGUGCGGGCUGACAUGGGCUUCCACCUCAGUGUGCUGCAGGCCGAGACGCCGUCCGUUGGCGUGAUGAUCAAAGCCAAUGCUCUCGUGAAGGAGUUCAAGGCGACUAGAGAUUUCAUGCUGAAGUUCAGGCCAAUGAACUUGGAGGGCGCCGGCAUCGUAGUUGUCUCUGAUGCAUCCCUAGGAAAUGUCACGCGUGGUGGCGCCGUUGGCGACAAGCCGCUUGAGAGAGUUUACUCUCAGAGCUGCUAUUGUGUGUUGCUGGCUGAGCGCGACUUGUUGCAGGGCAGCUCUGGAAGGUUCACUCUGCUGGACUACCGCAGUCACCGUUUGCAAAGGGUGUGCCGAAGUACCUUCGCUGCCGAGCUGCUUGGAGUUGAGGAAGGCUUUGACAUAGGCCAGUACUGUCGCGGCCAUUGGGCUGAGGCCCUCGGCUACGACUUGGCGCACAAAGGGGUCGACUGCAUCUUGGAUACAAUUGGCCUGGUUGUCGUGACGGAUGCCAAAGACACCUUUGACAAGGGGAACUCUGAUACUCCCUCGUACGGAAGCCAGAAAUCGUUAGCUUUCAGCAUCGCCUGGCUCCGAGGGAUGCUGGCCAAGCCGAAUGUCUCCCUGCGCUGGACAGAGACCAGCAACAUGUUUGUAGACGCCGGCACAAAGGAUAUGUGCGGCGCCCACAUGCGGGACACCUUGAUGGCGGGCGAAUGGAGCUACCGCUACAACGCGAAGUACGUGAAGCAGACGAUCAAGACGAAGCCCAAGGUGCGCCCAGGACCUGAAGUAGUGAGCGGAGAGGAAGUGAGCCCGACAGAUCCUGUGAUGGGAUUUCUUCAGGGGUUCGCCACGAAACGUGGCUGGCACCGUAAAGAUGGCCUGGCCAUACAGGUGGCCCACGGAGCUCGAAGUUACAGACGCCCCGAGCCCAGGUUUGAAGCAGACAUGUAUCCUCUCCGGACUUCGUAUGCCCUUUUCCAUGAUCAGCAGGGUCGUGGAAGCUGGCGCAUCCUUGAAAGGGAUGUGCGAUACGGUCGCAUUUUGCGAUCUCUUGACAAGGAAGCUGCAGUUCUGAUCACGGUGUUCAAGACCCCAAAAGAAAAGAAGAUCAAUGUGAAACCACAGGCUUGCCUCACGCGGCCAAGACAAAACAAACGCGCCCCGAGCCUAGCAGACGUCUACUUUUUCUUGGAAUCGCUGAUUCGCUGCCAGGAACCUGAGGGUGAGUACGAGUUUGCCAUAACUCCUGGCCCGGACGAGACAGUUGAGGAGAUGCUGUCCUUUAUGAAGGAAGAGCAUUCGGCCGACUGGACAGACUUUGGCCUGCUCCAGUCGAAAGGCAGCCAGGGCAACCCGUGGCGAAGGGUGUGGAAGGAGUCCGAGUGGAAUCAGCUUGGGGGCAGUGCUAUGCAAACACAGAAUGCCCUGCCAGAUCCUGCCAGCUUUGCCACACUUCCAAAGGAGGAAUGCUUCGAUGCAGCUGCUCGGAACCUCCUUCCAGGGAGCAAGAUGGACAGCCACGAUAGUUUAGACCUGAAGGAGCUUUCCAUCUAUGGCUUCUGCGUCCGCGGCUCGUAG